AUGGAAAACUUAACCUUGGCUGCCAAUCAUUCAGACUGUUACUUAGUUGACAGCUCAUCCAGGAGGAGGCCGUUUCUGUUUUUCUACUUGGCUAUCAUCAUCACUGCCAUCCCAUCCAACACCUUCUCCCUCUAUGUGUCAUGGCAGCACAUCAGACAGAAGAAUGAGCUCGGUGUGUACCUGUUCAACCUGGCCCUGAGUGACCUGACCUUCACUGCUGGUUUGUCUUUGUGGCUGGACUUCCUGUGGCGAGGAGUUUGGGUCCACGGAGGCCACGUGUGUGUGCUUUCUAUUUACUUUCUCUUCACUAACUUUUACACCAGCGAUGCUCUUCUGUGCUGCAUUGCUGUCGACCGCUACCUGGCCGUGGUUCACCCAUUAAAGUAUACGUCCUUGAGGAAAGUUGGCACUGCAGCAGCAGUGAGUGUUGCCAUUUGGGUGUUGGUAAUCUCUUUCAAUGCCGCCACUAUCACAUGGGAGGACUCAUACCAGGAAAACAACAAGUUUUCUAUGUGCUUUGAUAUCUUCCUCCCGCUGUCAGAGAAUCUGGCUCGUGCUAAUGUAAUGCGCUUCAUCCUGGGGUUCGUUGUUCCCAUUCUCUUGGUAGUGUUUUCCACUUGGAGGAUCUGUGAGGCAGUGAAAUCCAACCAGGCCACGGAGGAACAGGAACGUAAAAGGAUUUCGAAGCUGCUGACAGUAGUUCUGCUCUGCCUUUUGUUCUGCUUCGGACCUAUCCAUGUCAUGAUGCUUCUCCGCACACUGGUGGAUGACUGUAAGAAUCUUGCACGUCUCCUCUAUCCCUACAAAAUCAGCAUUGCUAUCUCAACCCUCAACUGCCUUGCAGACCCAGUCCUUUACUGCUUCAUAACUAGAACAGGACAAGCAAAUGUUAAUCAGUGUAUCCUCUUCUUCCAGGAAAAAAUGAGAAGCAAAGAUGAAGGUUCAGUGUAG